AUGCGCAGAUUGCUGCAGCCCAAGAACCGAAUGGUCAGCAUCGUGCCCUCCAAAUCCUCCUGCUACCUCUCCAUCCUCAACAUCAUCCAAGGCGAAGCCGAUCCCACCGACGUGCACAAAUCCCUCCUCCGCAUACGGGAGCGCAAAAUGGCGAAUUUCAUCCCCUGGGGUCCCGCCUCGAUUCAAGUCGCGUUGACCAAGAAAUCACCAUAUUUGCAGAACACGAAUCGUGUGAGUGGGCUGAUGCUCGCGAAUCAUACCAGUAUAGCGACGCUGUUCAGGAGAAUUAUGACGCAGUAUGAUAAGAUGCGGAAGAGGAAUGCGUAUUUGGAGCAGUAUAAGAAAGAGGCGCCGUUUGCGGAGGGGUUGGGGGAGUUUGAUGAGGCGAAGGAGGUGGUGUUGGGGGCGGUGCAGGAGUAUGAGGCUGCGGAGAGGGAGGAUUAUUUGGAUGCUGGGACUGGAACCGACGGAGCAUGA